AGCAGGGACGGACUGACCAUUUGGAAACUCGGGCAGUGCCCGAGGGCCCGGGGUAAGUAGGGGGCCCCAUGAGAUGCCCCUGGUACCUUUUUCAUAGGCUUUUUUGAGUUUGGGCAAGGACACAGGGGCCCUAUGAUGCCCUAUUGCCUGGGGGUCCCAUGAGCUGUCAGUCCGCCCCUGCAUUCCUGUUUUGGAGGUUGUCUCAUUGUUGCCCAUAUAGUGCACCUGUUGUUAAUUUCAUUAACACCAAAGCAGCUGAA